CAAUUACCAAGCAUCAAUAUGAAGUACGCCUGUGCACUGCUCCUCUUGGCCACCGUGGGAUGUGUCCUGAUGAGCCUGUCCAGUGCUGCCAGUUCCACAACCACGACGGAAGCAGCCACCACUACCACCAAGGCCUCUUCCUCGGACACCACCACCACCACAGCUUCGUCCUCGGACGCCACUACCACGACCACGGCUCCAUCCACUUCCGGAAAGAAGAAGCACGUGAUCAAAUACAAGCGCAAGACCCACCGCCCCAAGAAGGUCAGGAAGAUCCACCGCAAGAAGAACCGCAGCGGUUGA